AUGUCUUUGCUUUCCAUUCCGACCACUUCAGCACUUCCUUCCACCCAGCGAAUCUCCUCCAACCCCGCCGUCAUCAAAACACUGGGCAGGUUGUCACGGCCAUCUCUAUUAUCACUGGCACUGGACUGGCUAGACGAAAGAAACCAGGACAAUACAGCACCAUAUCUAGUAGAAGAGGUAGAGGAUGAAGAUGGACAAGACCUCUACCCACCAGCCACAUCACUCGAGGCACUUCGGGAAAUAUACACAGAUUUGCAAUCAACAAAGGGAAGCAAGAGAGAUGUGGUUGAUCGCAUAGUGGAAGGAGACUGGCGAGAUGGGAUCACAUUAUACCAACUAGCAAUGGCCGAUAUGCAAUACCUCUACGACCACCCAUCUUCACAAAAAUGGACCGCAUUAAAGGUAGUACGGAUAGAACACGAUACGCCAAAGUCAGAUUCAAAACUAUACUCCAUACCUCGAUUUCACCCUGCUACAUUCCUUCGAAAUUUACAAAACGAGAUACUUCCUGAUGUCAAGGCACAUUACAAUCUCGAUCGACACAAAUCAUUACCAUUACUUAUUUUACGAGUGUUUAUCGUUGAAAGUCCAUACAAUACCUCGCUGGCUCUUUCGCAGAAACAGACGUUCGAUUCGAGUAAAACUUUCUACAUUGCUUUCCCGGAUGAUUCGCCAUUUGUUUACGUUUCACUUACUACGUCUUCACAGCCACCAGGACAAUCCGCAUCAAGAGCCGACAACAAGAGUCUAAGGAGGUUAACACUAGAAGGAAUACCCAAAGCAUUUUCUCGGCCUAGAGAAAGAUAUAAGUUGGAAUCUACCUCUCUAUCCGCUCGGAGUCUUGCAACACUCAUUGACCGACGCGGAGGAGGACGAACCAAUGCUGCAGGAGGAGGAUGGUCUAUUUACGCCUCGGAACAGAAGGAUGCAUCCGACAACCCUCUAGGAUUACAACUUCCAACCCCCGACCCCUCAAGCUCAUCCGAUAAAGAAGAAGAAAAUACCGAAAAAGAACAGCCACAUGGUCUAAAACGCGCCAUUGAAGAAGAUCCCCGAAUAGUCAAACGUCGAAAAUCCUUAGGAAAGGUCCGCUUCGGCACAACAGCUCAAAAGCACGACGAAAAAGGCAUCGAAAAACUCGCCAUCCGAAUCCUCGAUCCUUUCCCUACCCACAACCUUGACAACCAUGAAUGUCCAAUCGCGGAAGAAUCAGACCACGAUCCGGGACUACUCAAGAAAAGGGGACGUAAAAGUGGCACCGAAUUAGAAUUGGAGAACCAAGAAGAGGAGGACGAUGAAGGACCGGCAGACGAGUUCCGACCGCAAAUCGACUUUGAAUUCCAAGGGGAUCAUGUAUUUGCGGGGAUUAGGAAAUUGGUUGAGUUGGGCGUUAUUGAUGGGGAGAGGAUGCCAGGGUGGAUGACAGGCGAAGAGGGUGUAUCGAUGGGACGAGUGAGGAAUGGGAGGAUUAUCGGGUUCAAGGGGAGUGGAUUGUGA